AUGUCGACGGUAAUUCUCGGCGGAGGCAUCAUCGGCCUCUCAACCGCGUACUACCUCUCGCUGGCGGCGCGGGCCUCGUCGCCGACGAGAACAAUCCACAUCGUCGACUCGUCGCCCGCGCUGCUCGCCUCGGCGAGUGGCUUUGCCGGCGGAUUCCUCGCGGCCGACUGGUUCAGUCCGUCCGUGGCGGCGCUGGGCGCGCUCUCGUUCCGUCUGCACCGCGAGCUGGCCGAGACGCAUGAUGGGCCGCGCAGGUGGGGGUACGCGAGGAGCCACACGUAUAAUUUGAGCGUGGAUGACAGCGCGGCGGCGACGAGGAAGGGCAGGAGGGGCGAUUGGUUGCGCGACGGGACAAGUCGGGUCGAGGAGGCAUCGACGUCGGUGGUGGCAGGGUCUCAGGAGAAAGGCGGUGGCGAUGAUGCAGGGGGAGGGGGAAGGGGAGAGGACGAGACACUCAACCCGGACGGCUCGCCUGCCGUAUGGACCCCCCAGCCCAGCGGGACGCUCGAGACGAUUUCGGGCCCGGAAAGCUGCGCGCAGAUCGAGCCGCGCGAGCUGUGCGAGUUCCUGCUCGACGAGUGCCAGAAGCGCGGCGUCCAGGUCCACCUCUCGACGUGCGCGACGGGGAUCCUCACCGACGACGACGACGGCGCUCUCAGGGGCCUAGUAUUAGCGUCCACCAACCCCGAUGGAAACACCGAGACCAGAGACCUCGAGUGUCGAGACGUCCUCAUCUCGGCGGGCGCGUGGACGCCCAGGGUCUUCGAGACGCUGUUCCCCCAAAGUACGCUGCAAAUCCCGAUCGAGCCGCUCGCGGGACACAGUCUGGUGGUCAAGUCGCCGCGGUAUAAGAGGCCGUUUGUCGACAUCGCGAAGCGCAAGGUCGGCGGCGGCACCGACAACUGGCUCUGCUACUCGAUCUACAGCACCGCCGGCGUGCACUGGUCGUUCGCGCCCGAAGCGUUCGCGCGGCUUGCCCGCAACGGCGACACGGAGAUCUGGGUCGGCGGCCUGAACGACAGCGCCCUCCCGCUGCCGGAGCUGGCCAGCGACGUCAAAGCCCUCGUCGACCCGGAGAGCAUCAGGUCGCUGCGCAAGACAACCGUGCAGUUGACGGGGCGUGUGGCGAAGGGGGCCGAGGAAGGCAACGACGACGAUCUCGAGACGGUCAGGCAAAGCCUGUGUUUCCGCCCCGUCAGUCAGAGGGGGACCCCUCUCCUGGGCAAGAUCCCUGAACACUACCUCGGUCUUCCGCCCUCUGGAAGUGGCGGUGUCUGGAUAGCGUCUGGACACGGCCCGUGGGGAAUCAGUCUGAGUCUGGGGACCGGGUUGGUCAUGAGUGAAUUGAUUUCAGGGGAGACGCCGAGUGCAGAUAUAAAAUCACUGCUGGUCGCUUAA